AUGGAUGGAAAUAUACAGAGACCAACUCUCUUAGUUCGGGAGCUAACGCGGGUGUUUAACAGCUACAACAAGUACUCUGUCCAGCUGAAAAACAACAUGAAGGAGACCAACGUCUUUUUCCGUGAAAUCAGGCAGAAUUACAGCAACGCCUGUUCUUCAACCAUGAGCUCAGACGGAGCUUCUCUGGAGGCAGGUCAACUGAGCUGCAUUGCUUUCCCAAGCCAUGAGGAAGCAUUCCUACGUAACACUGUGGGUGCUGUCCCAUACAUUGUAGUACUGGGCCAGGACUGUGCUGCCCGCUACCAGCUGCUCAACUACCUACUGGGGGAGAAGUUGCUGCCACUGGGUCCAGAGGCUGGAGAGGCUUGUGGAGGGGUUCAGGGCACUGUUUGCAAAAGGAGGAAGCUGUGUUUUACCCAUGGUGGACAGAGGCGGCUCAGUUUGGCGCUGCCUGGCCAGUAUGAGCUGGUGCAUCAACUGGCUGCUAACUGUGGCCGAUGGGAAACUGUGCCCCGGGAGGACUUGGAGAUCCAUGAGGAAUGUGAGGACCCUGCACACAGGCUAGCAGAGUUGGAGAUCACACUGCAUCACCCACUGCUUCAGGAAGCCAAAGUCAUGGUUGUGCCUUGUCCAAGUGUCCAGCCCAUAGAAGAGGCACUGGAAGACUGCACUCGCUGUGUGAUUCCCAUCAUGCUCUGUGCUGUCAACCAGGAGUGUCUGAGCACAGAACAGGUUGCUGAGCUCUGGAAAGUCAAAAAGAUGCUCUGCUUUCCCAUCUGUUUUGUCCGUGUCCCUGAUGUGGGUGCGGCAGCUUCCCCAGAACCAGGCCGUCAUGCUGAGAGGGAUAGGAGUCCUCUCCAUAAGCAGCUGCUGUCCCUUGGCUUCCUGAGUGGACCAACUGGGAACUGUUCCUGUGGGGCUCCUACAGUGAGUCAGAGUCUAGGCGGUAAGCCUCAGGACAUGCUGGGUGAGACCUUUGAAAAACUGCAUCGGUUGCUGGUGCCUUUUACACGUCAGGUGCUUCAAAACCAGCAGGUGGAGGCAGCCAACCUUCUAAAUGGGCUGCAUUGUCGCUGUCUUGAUCUUUUCAUUAACCAGGCUUUUGACUUGCAGAGGGACCUGCAAAUAACGCCUCGCAGACUGGAGUACACUCGUGAGAAAGAAGUUGAAUUGUUCACCUCCCUUAUGGCUAUCGCUAACCGCAAACAGGAGGAGAUGAAAGAGAUGAUUGUGGAAACUCUCAGCAGCAUGAAAGAGCAGUUGCUGGAGGAUGCUGCUAACCUGGAGUUUACAGACAUCAUUGUAACAACUAAUGGAGAAGCUGUUACAUCAAAGGAGAUCAAAUCUUGCAUUCAGCAGAUCCAGGAGUUGAUAGUUGUUCGCUUGAAUAAGGCGGUGGCAAAUAAACUGAUUAGUUCUGUGGACUAUUUGAGAGAAAGCUUUGUAGGAACUCUAGAGCGAUGUCUCAACAGUCUGGAGAAGUCCACCAUUGAGUCGUCUGCCCACAUUAUCACAUCUGAUCAUCUCAAGCAGUUAUUAAACGCUGCCUAUCAUGUGGAGGUUACAUUUCAUUCAGGAUCUUCUGUCACAAGACUCGUAUGGGAGCAAAUCAAACAGAUAAUCCAAAGGAUAACAUUUGUCAAUCCACCUGCCAUCACACCAGAGUGGAAGCGGAAGGUGGCCCAGGAUGCCAUAGAAAGUCUGAGUGCUGCCAAACUGGCCAGGAGCAUCUGCUCCCAGUUCAGAACACGACUCAACUGCUCACAUGAAGCCUUUGCAGCAUCACUGCGCCAGCUGGAAGAAGGGCACACGGGCAGGCUAGAGCGCACUGAGGAUCUGUGGUUGCGGGUGAGGAAGGACCAUGCCCCUCGGCUGGCCCGCCUCUCUCUGGAGAGCCGCUCCCUCAGAGAUGUGUUGUUGCACGGCAAACCCAAGCUUGGGCAAGAGUUGGGCCGAGGCCAGUAUGGAGUUGUCUACUUUUGUGAUAAUUGGGGCGGACACUAUCCUUGCGCCUUAAAAUCAGUAGUACCGCCUGAUGAUAAACACUGGAAUGAUCUAGCCUUGGAGUUUCACUACACAAGAUCCCUUCCCAAACACGAGCGGCUCGUAGACCUGCAUGGCUCUGUAAUUGACCACAGCUACGCUGAAGGCUCCAGCACUGCUGUGCUGCUUAUAAUGGAGCGGCUGCACAGAGACCUCUACACUGGUUUGAAGGCCGGUUUAUCACUGAAAGAGAGGCUUCAGAUUGCUCUGGAUGUGGUGGAAGGGAUCCGCUUUUUGCACGGACAGGGUCUCUUGCACCGAGACAUAAAGCUAAAAAAUGUCCUGUUGGACAAACAAAAUCGUGCAAAAAUUACCGACCUGGGCUUCUGUAAACCUGAGGCCAUGAUGUCUGGCAGCAUUGUUGGAACUCCAAUCCACAUGGCACCUGAGCUCUUUACAGGGAAGUACGAUAACUCUGUUGAUGUCUACGCCUUUGGGAUCCUUUUCUGGUACCUCUGUAGUGGAUCAGUGAAACUCCCUGAAACCUUUGAGAAAUGCUCCAGCAAAGACCAGCUCUGGACCAACGUUAAAAAAGGUGCCAGACCAGAACGGCUGCCUAGCUUUGAUGAGGAAUGUUGGCAGCUGAUGGAGGCUUGCUGGAAUGGAGAUCCUUCCCAGAGGCCGCUGCUUGGCAUUGUGGAGCCCAGUCUGCAAAGCAUCAUGGACAGACUCUGUAACUGUGGCACUGAUUGCAAAAGCAACAGCCUCGAGGACUCAAACUGAAAACACUCCAGACAAACUAACACUCUGAAGCAUUUUUGUUGUAUUUAUGAGAAAUGGAGCUGAACAGGUGAGCAGUGAAUCAGGUUCCAGUUGUUCCCAGUUGUUGGAUUUACAUUAUUUAUGAGAAGAUGCUGCAGAACAGCAAGUCGUACGUAAGUAACCUUUUAUUGUUUGUGCUUUGUGUAUUUGUACGCAUACGUGAGCCUACAAUACGCUUUGCUCCUAGCUUCCAUGCUAAUUACUACUUGGUUGAAUUGAUACUAGAUGCAAACACUUUUAAAUGUACUCCACAAACAGUGUUAUAAAAUAUAUAUAUAUAUAUAAAAGAUUAAUUUUAGGUUGUAUUUAAACUGAACAUGUCUGUAACUGUGCACCUUUUUUAAUAAAAUGAUCUGUUAUGUCAAAAAAGAUGAGAUUAAAUGAUGCAACUGAGGGAUGAAAAUUGGAAAAAUGUGGAAACUGUUUCAAAACUUUGGAAAGAUCU